CCCCUUUGUAGGCGGGAAAUAUCGCACGCAGCUCCUCUCCCGAAAAUGGCGGCGGCGGGCUGGGCAGUGUGUGGCUCGGGCCGUUGGCCCGUGCUGGCCCGGUGCUGCUGGCGGGCAGAGGUGGUUGCUUACUUUUCUGCACCAGCUGCGAGCAACAGGGAAGCCCAGCAGAGGGAAGACUCAACAAGGAGAAGAGGCAGGACAGAACAGUUCAUAAGAUCGCAUGCACCUCCCAGAACUGAGAGGAUGGCUGUUGACCAGGACUGGAGCAGCGUUUAUCCAACAGCAGCUCCAUUUAAACCUGCAUCUGUGCCUCUCCCAAUUCGAAUGGGCUACCCAGUGAAGGGAGGAGUACCUCCACCAAAAGAAGGCAACUUAGAGCUUAUAAAGAUUCCCAAUUUUUUACAUCUUACUCCUCCUGCAAUUAAGAAACACUGUGCAGCUCUCAGAGAUUUCUGCACGGAAUGGCCAAGUGCUUUGGACAGUGAUGAGAAAUGCGAACAGCAUUUUCCUAUUGAAAUUGAGACGGUGGAUUAUGUUUCUUCAGGUACAUCUAUUCGUAAUCCCAAAGCAAGAAUAGUGACUUUAAGAGUUAAACUUUCUAACCUGAAUUUGGAUGACCAUGCAAAGAAGAAGCUCAUUAAACUUGUAGGAGCGCGGUACUGCAAGGAUACAGAUGUACUCACUAUUGUAAUAGACAGAUGUCCACUAAGAAGACAGAACUAUGAUUAUGGAAUACAUCUCCUCACAGUUCUGUACCAUGAAUCUUGGAAAACUGAGGCAUGGGAGAGCGAGAAGACUGAGGAAGACAUGGAAGAGUAUAUUUGGGAAAACAGCUCCUCGCAGAGAAAUGCCCUGGCUACACUACUUCAAAUAAAAGCCACGGAGAAUGUCAGUAAUGUAACUAAGGAAGAGCUUCUUGCAUCUGAAGUAAUUAGAAAUUACAGAAACUCUGUAAUUGCACUUAAAAAUGAAGGUGAAACAGAAAGUAACGUGUCUCAGUAUAAGGAAUCCGUGAAAAAACUAUUAAAUAUACAAGCAUUACCAUGAAAGAUUCUGCAGGUACAUUUAGUUAUUACAGAAAUACUAAAUUAUAAUAUGUUGAUAUUACUGUAUGAUAUGGAUUCAGAACUUUAACCAAAGCUAUGAAACUUGUUGGUGAGUUAGUCUUGAAAGUAGUUAGAUUUUUCUUUUUUUUUUUCUUUUAAGAUUUUCUUGUAAACAUAACUGUCCAGGAAUCUUGUUCUUGAAUAAAGUAUGCCUUAAGUCAUA